AGGAGGAGAGGAGGGAGCUCGAGGCAGUGAGAUUGGACUGGAGCAUCACUGCUGCGGUGUUUUUCCUGCGUGCUGGAAGGAAAACGAUCCAGCUUUCAAUUUUCCCAUGGAAUGCAUCAGAAAGAGAGAUAAAAACAACAACAAAAAAUAAAACCCCAGAGGAUCUGUGAAGAAGUGAGCUGAAUUGUUCUGCUGGGAUAGCCGGAUCUUCAAGAGAACCCAGAGUGUGGAUUUUUUUUGUUCUUUGCGUAGAAGGACGAGGGAAAGUGGGAGGAAUAAAAAGCAGAGGAGAAGCACAGGUUGAGCGUGUGGAAGGAUGGAGUAGGACAACAACCCACGUGGGUCCAGGUCCACUUAAAGCUCUGGACACUAAAGUGGAGCAUAGGAUUUUUUUUGUCCUCCUUUUUGGAUUCCGACUGCAUGUGAAGUUUAGGUUGUGUUUAGAUGAGCGAGACAGGUGUGGAUCACUUGUCUGUCUCACCUGUCUGUCUCACCUGUCUGUCUCACCUGUCUGUCUCACCUGUCUGUCUCACCUGUCACGCAUCAAGCUUUCAUUCAGCUCGUAUCCGUAUCAGAGUGGUGGCUUGUGAGACUUCUGAGUGUCGGAUUAAAGCUGGAGCUCAUGUGAGGUUCAGAUUUUAGGGAUUGUGAAGGUGAAGGUGAAAGUGAAGGUGAAGGUGGAGGAGAAGGUGGAGGAGGAUUCGCUGAAGGAUUUUUAAAGAGAACAGAGUGCAUUUGCUUGAUAAGAUUUUUAGGAAAUAAGCUGGAAGUACUGCUAUCCAAAAACGUUGACUAUUUGGAGUUCAGGUUGAAGAGCAGAUCAGAGCUCACCUGAGGUUUUGCGUUUGGAGCUGAAGGUGGAGCUGAAGGUGGAGGUGGAUUUACUGAUGGACUCUAAAGAGCAAGUGUAUUAAGAUUAGAUUUAAGAUCUUCAUCUCAAGUGAGACCUUUGGAAUUAUGUAAACUUUAUGCCACACCCAGACGCAGCCACACGUUGAACAAUUUUUUUGUCUCCCAAAUUAAAAAAAUAAAAUUUUAAUUCUUUCCGCAUUUUUUUCUGAGCUCUUGAUUUGGCAAAGUGGGGACUGUUUGGCCCUCGGGGGCCUCAGCGGCCUCCUCCAAUCUGAAGAUGCGCCGUUCGAGCACGGAUGAGACCCCGUACCGGCGCAGUCCGUCUCUGGACAGUAAGACCGGCUCGGCCCCGUUCUGUUUCGGGAGCGAGCGCGAGCGCCGCAGUGCGCCUUUCGGUUUCAGCUUCCGCACUGCGCCGGGGACAAAGACAGCCAAAGCGGGUUACGCCACGGUGCAGGGCAGGAAGUACGUGGUGUUUUACCUGGACCUCUCCUUCAUUUUCCUCCUAGAGCUGCGCCGCUGCAGGAUGGCUGAGGGCUGCAUGAGGGCCCUGCGCUACGCCAUGGUGUUCUUCAACCUGCUCUUCUGGCUGGGGGGAUGUGGGAUUCUGGGAGUGGGCGUCUGGCUGUCAGUCACCCAAGGAAACUUCGCUACUCUCUCCACCUCACUACCGUCUCUGUCUGCUGCCAAUCUCCUCAUCGCCGUGGGAACCAUCAUCAUGGUGAUCGGCUGCCUGGGCUGCGUCGGCGCCGUCAAGGAGAGCCGGCCCUUGCUUCUCAGCUUCUUCAUCCUGCUGCUUCUGAUUUUCCUGCUGGAGAUUCUGUUCAUCAUCCUCUUCUUCGCAUAUCAGGAUCAGAUUGACCGCUACGCUCAGAGCGACCUGAAAAAAGGCCUGCAGCUGUUCGGCACUGAGGGAAACAUCGGCCUGACCAACGCCUGGAGCAUCGUCCAGACCGACUUUCGCUGCUGUGGCGUGACCAAUCACACCGACUGGUUCGACGUGUACAACGCCACCCGCGUUCCAGACUCCUGCUGUUUGGAAUAUAGCGACAACUGCGGCCUGGAAAAUCCCGGGACGUGGUGGACCGCUCCGUGUUACGAACGAGUGAAAAGCUGGCUCCAGGAAAACCUGGUAGCUCUGUGGAUUUUCGCUCUGUGCACGGCUCUAACGCAGAUCUUAGGGCUGGUGUUCUCCAUGACUAUCUUCUGCCAGGCUGUGAAAGUGGACACCUUCUACGCCUAGAGAACUGAAAUGGAUCUAAACCAUUUUGUAGGACACAUUUUUGUGAAAAACUGCAAAUCUCUUUUCUUGUUUUUUUUCUUUUUUAUUUGUUGAUGUGAUAUCAUUGUUGCGUUCUUCAGCUGGAAGAUUGUUUUCCUUCGACGACACCUCUAGCUAACACAGUGUUCACCAAACGAUCUUGUAAGAAUGAAAUGACAACAAAACAUUAUUUUUUUGUCCUUAUCUAAUAUGGUGAAAUUUCAUUAGCAUCCAGAAAUCCAAUUCAACUCGACGGAAACUCGUUCAAGAGAAGAAAGAGGACUGGUUCGGUUUUAUUUCGUGAUCCUGUUUGAAUCUAACGGCUUACAUCGCUUCAUUCACCAGUUCCAGCGAGCAGAAGAAGAAGAAGAAGAAUAGAAGAAGAAGUGACGUUUGGAGAGACGCCGCCGGAUUCAGAGGAAUCAUCACUCACUGAAAUAUCACAGAAAGAGCAGGAAACAUUACGGCAUGGAAAAGAAUAAAAGGAAGUGAUGCCCUUUCAAAGUGUAAAAUAAUAACAUGAGUACUGAACACAUUCCAGCAGUGCAGAUAUCCAUGGUUUAAACCGAUCAAAAGAAGAGGAGCUUCCUCAAAAAAAUGCGUCGUUUCGUCGUCGUCUUCAUUACGUAACAAACGUGUGUGUAAAUAUAUGUAAUUCCUUUGGUAUCUUUCAAACGCCAUACUUAUUAUAACGUAAAAAUAUAAAUAAAGCUUUUAUAGGGAAAGUA